GAAGAGGGUCUGAAAACCAACGACAGAAAUGGCAGCGCACAGCAGCGUUUGGGUAUUGGCUGGACUUUUGCCCGUUGUCCUGGCAGCCUGUGACCCUGUCGGAAUUGAAGCGGAUGUCGGUGAAGAUGUGCUCCUGCCCUGCAUUGUCAAACGUGGAGACACUAUCAGUCUUUCAAACCCUACAGUUAACUGGCAAGUUAACUGGUUAAAUGGGAGUUGUGAAGUCGUGAACAGCUACUACUAUGGCCAGAACCAUCCAGAGUAUCAGUGUGGACAAUAUAAGGGGAGAACGGAGUUCUCUUCUCAGGGAUUGUCCGAUGGCAACGCUUCUCUCCUCCUGAAGAAUGUGACCCCCGCUGACUUUGGGAACUACACCUGUCAUGCCAGUUUAUAUGAGAACACUCCCCAAACUUUACAGAUUGUCCUGCUUAUGCAGAAAAAGACCCAAGGUGCAACUGUUCAGACAGAUGCCUACGUUCCAGGAGGACAUGAAAAACGACUCCGCGUUCGAAGGGUUUGUGUGCUAUUGAGCGCACUAGUGAUUCUUGUAGUAGGGAGCUUUGCAGGGUGGUGUUGGUGUAAAAAGAAGACUACGAAGGCUAAAGAAGGUGAUGAGGAAGCAGCUCAGGCAAGGGAGGAAGUCACAUGCCCGAGGAACUCAGAAAUACUUCAAGGAACGUUCCUACACAGCACUGGGUAGCAAGGCUCGAUCCUGGGAAGCAGUGACUGAAAACGGUUUUUGUGGGGGGUGGAGAGCAAGCAGCUGCACAUGAGCUCCCAGUGUGAUGCUGCUGUGGUCAAAAGGGCUAAUGUGACCGUUCGGUGCAUGAGCAAGGAUGCAUCUCGAGCAGAACUACAGAGGGUAUUUUACCUUUAUAUUUGGCACUGAUGCAAAUGCUGUUGGAAUCCUGUGUCCAGUUGUGGUGCCCACCAUUCCAGAGGGAUGUUGAUGAUAAAGUGGAGAGGGUUCAGAGAAGAGCCACAAGAAGGAUUAAAGGAUGAGAAAACCCGCCGGACAGUGAUAGACUAAAGGAGCGCAAUCUGUUUAGCUUGACAAAGAGUAGGUCAAGGAGUGCCCUGAUUACAGUCCAGGUAUCUACAUGGGGAAGAAAUAUUUAAUAAAUAAUAUUUAAUAAUAUUUGUUCCUGAGACAGCAAAACUCUGUAGUGAUGGGGGCGUGCCUGGUGCUAAGGUGGACUAUCAAGGUCCUGAGGCACUAUUCGCUCGGUGUGUCUUUUACCCUCAUCGCUGACCAGGCCCCUCUGCAGUGGCUGCAUGCUCUGAGAGACAUGAACCCCAGGUUGACCUGGCUCUGCAGCCCUAUGCGCUUAUGGUUCACCCCCAGUCCAGGGCCACCCCGGUGUGAAUGUGGACUAUAUUUCUCAUGAGGAGGGAGGCAAAGAGCGCACCGACUUCACUCUUGGGAGGGCUGGGGACGUGUGUAACAGGACAGCCUGUCUCUGCAAGGACCGUGGGGGCCAGGAAGCAGCCAAGCCCGUCCCACAGAGCAACCCAGCAGCCCGGUGCUGGGAAUCAGCCAACCUGGCUUGACAGCAUUUAGAGACUGGGUCUGAUUCCCAGCUGCAGCUGAGGGAUAUAAAUGGAGGGUCCAGGAGAGGGCUGAGCAUGCUGGUGCGACCCCCCUCACCCCUCCACCCCCCCCUUAGACUGGGGAAGGUGGUCCAGAGCCUUUAGCUCCCACAGGCCUCACAGCAUCAGCUGAGAACAGGGCAGUUGCUUUUUGUUAUUCCAUGUUUCCUUUUGGAUGGAUGCUGAGGAACACACCGAUCCCUGAGCAAAGGGCUACAAACGGAACUGGGGGUGGCCAAUUUUGUCCCAAAGUGGCAAUGGGGGUCCACCAGCCUACCCUCAUCUACAAAGGCAUGAAACUGAAUCAGUUGCGCUGCUCUGAUUGACAAAUGCCUAUUUGUAGGCAACGGAGGUUUCAACUCCCACUUACAGUUUGCUUCAGGACUCUAUUUUCUCCCCAGCUACAGCUUGCUCGCCUAGCACAGAAAACAUCCAUCUUUCUAGCACCAGCAGCCCAUUGUUCAGGCCUGUUGCCAAAGUUCUAGAAAGCUGAAUGAGGCAAAUCUAAAGUACUUACACUCCAACGAAUGAGAAAACUUUUAAAAAUACUAUCUCCACUCUACAGUGAGUCAGGAACGCUUGACUGGUCUUGCUAUUCUUGCAAUCGAACAAGACAUCACUUUGUCUUUGUCAUACGAUGAUAUUAUUACUGAUUUUGCAGCCAAAAAGGCAAGAAAGAUUGCUUUUAAUUAAAAGCAAAUCCUUGUUUCAAUACCUCUUCAUAGAAAUGUCCAAUAAAAUGUUGACAAAUUCAAAACAUUA